AUGGAGAAACCUCCGACUAUUGUUGAAGGACACAAUCUGCAGACGCUGCAUCCAACCGAUCAGCAGUGGGUUGGCUCACAUCCGCAACCCACCGCGACGACGCCCGUGCAAAUCAGCACCAAGCAUCAUGGCUCCAUGAUUACCGACGAAAUCCGUUUUAGCAUCAUUGAUGCGGUCUACCUAAGACCUGGUAUCUGGGAUUGUCAGAGAGAAAAAACUGUGGGACCAUCACGUAAAGAACUCUUCGUUGAGGUGACGAAUCUAAUUAAUCAGCAGAAUCAGCUGGACCCCGAGCUCACACCUGAGGAAGUGGAGAAACAAUGGAAGAAUCUCAAAGAUACCUAUGUCAAGACAAGAAAGAAGCUUUCCUAUAAUAACGACAGCAUCCCGGUGACACCAAAAUGGAAAUUCUAUAGUUCUCUAAUGUUCCUCGAUGACUUAUUCAACGUGCAUAGAAAUGUGCAGAAGCGAAGGAUCGAUGAGGUUUCUGGUUCUUCUCAGGGCUCCCUUGUUGGUGGGAAACGCAUUGCUCCUCAAUCAACCGAAGAAACGGAGGAGGAAGAUGAGUACAUGGCCUUCUGUCGCUCCCUCCUUCAUCCAUUGCGAGAAAUUGCGUACAAGGAUCGUAUCCAGUAUUUAAAAGUCCAGAAAGCCAUUCGAGACCUUCUUCACGACACCCAGAUGGAUAUGCUUCUCACUUCUCAUAUGCGAUAGAUGUGCAUUCUCCCCGUAAUCUUUCGCAUUAAUAACAUCUCGGGUCAAUUUUUUCCGUUUUUUAUGCCAUCAUCACUUUUAUCAUUUGUCCUAUUAUUGUUUUUGCCUCGUUUUGUGUAACUGCACUAUUCUCGUUUUUUUCUCUAAUGCUUUUUACUCUAGUGUGGAUAGUUGUAUUGUUUAGUCAUGACUGAUAUUUGUUCCGUUUGAACUAUAAGCGAAAUAUUCAUUUACAGAAUUGUGGAACUGUUUUGACAAUAAGAGUUUGAAAUAACCAUAGAGGUGCAACUCAGAAUUUUUCCAAGAAUGAUUAGCUCUU